CAGAAGAUUUGGGUGCUUUCUGAUUUGGAGUUAGUGAAAGCUAAAUAAAGGAAAAUUUAUGUUCUGAGUAUGUGGGAAUUUCUUGAUGAACACAUGUCUUGUUAUAAUCAGAUCUACUUUCUUCAAAAUGAAAGCUGUGCUGUAGAGUAGGCAUUUGUGAAACUCCUGCCUGGGGUCUAAUUGACCUCCUUCCCCAAGUUUGUGGCAGUAUUUACUAUUUACUAACAUCUAGAGGUGAAAUACUAUAACCCCACACAAUCCAUGUGCAUCUAAAAUGUGAAACAUCUUGUUUGUGAUGCACAGACCUAGAGGAAAAAAUGGCCCGGGUCCCCGGCACUGGAGAGUGUGAUUAAUGAUCAGUGAUUUAGUGAUCAGUGAUUAGUGGUUUUAUUCAAACUGUUACCUCUGACCAGAAGCACACAUCAGAGGAUUAACAGGCUCUUUAGAUAAAUGCUCAUUAGUGGAAGGGGAAAAGCAAAGAUAAUAGGCAUGCACCCAGGGACAACUUUCGAAGAAAAUCAUUCCCGUCUUCAGAAUAAUAAGCUCUAUUAAGAGAAAGCCCUUUUAAUUUAAAACUUGCUUUUAUCUUGUAAAUCAAAGUUAGAUGUAAAAGUUUGUAGUGCCAUUAUAACCUAAAUUUUCCCAUAUCCACUAGAUGUGGAUUAUCUCAGUAGCGAUAUUUUUUUUUUAUUUAAAUAAACAAUUGGACCUUUAGAGCAGCUGAACCCUGACAAGUUCUUAACUCCCAGGGUUUGAAGGUGUCCCCCCUUCUAGAAUGGAGAGUGCAACUUGCUAACUAGAUGGCGCACUGUUAUUUGGUGUGCUGUGCUGUGUGGUGCAGGAGUCUGACGGAGCAAGUAGCUGCUUGCGAGGUGUUCUUCAACACUUACAACAAAGUUGAUUCUGUGUAGGGUUGGAGGCUAGACGGUUCUACAAGUUUUUAGUCACAUUUUCCAUGUCAGUUAAAUCUAGGGUGUUCAAGGCUACUGGAAAAAUUAGUCUCAUUACUAAAAGAAACUUAGGGAGCGAGGGAGGAAAGGAGGGACAGGAGUCUAAGAGGUACCUUUGGGUUGCAGAAGUGAUUGUAAAAUACCAGAUCUGUUCUUUUUUUUACUAAGAGCUAGUUUCAUAAGCUUGUGGUCUGAAAUCCUGAGGCAAAUACUCAAAGAUUUAUUUUCUUCCUCAUCUUGCUGGUGAAAAAGGAGUUACUAGAAAGAAAGGAAGAAAAAACUUGAUUUGGUGACUGCAGGAAGCAACACGUUGCUGAUUUUUUUCUACAGAUAAUGAUUUAUGAGGAAUCCAAGAUGAAUUUGGAGCAGGAGAGGCCGUUUGUCUGCAGUGCCCCAGGCUGCUCCCAGCGCUUCCCAACAGAGGACCAUCUGAUGAUUCAUAGGCACAAGCAUGAAAUGACUUUGAAGUUUCCCUCAAUAAAAACAGACAAUAUGUUAUCAGAUCAGACUCCAACCCCAACGAGAUUCCUGAAGAACUGCGAGGAAGUGGGGCUCUUCAAUGAGCUGGACUGCUCCCUUGAGCAUGAGUUCAGGAAGGCUCAGGAGGAGGAGAGCAGCAAGCGGAAUAUCUCGAUGCAUAACGCAGUUGGUGGGGCCAUGGCAGGGCCCGGAGCUCACCAGCUUGGCAGCACCCGGAUGCCCAACCAUGACACCAGCGUUGUGAUUCAGCAAGCCAUGCCGUCGCCCCAGUCCAGCUCUGUCAUCACACAGGCACCUUCCACCAACCGUCAGAUCGGGCCUGUCCCAGGCUCUCUAUCUUCUCUGCUACAUCUCCACAACAGACAGAGACAGCCCAUGCCAGCCUCCAUGCCUGGGACCCUGCCCAACCCUACCAUGCCGGGAUCUUCCGCCGUCUUGAUGCCAAUGGAGAGACAGAUGUCAGUGAACUCCACCCUCCUGGGAAUGCAAGGUCCGAAUCUCAGCAACCCCUGUGCUUCUGCCCAAGUCCAGCCAAUGCAUUCAGAAGCCAAAAUGAGGUUGAAGGCCGCGUUGACUCACCACCCUGCUGCCAUGUCCAAUGGGAAUAUGAACACCAUGGGACACAUGAUGGAAAUGAUGGGCUCCCGGCAGGACCAGACGCCGCACCAUCACAUGCACUCGCACCCACAUCAGCACCAGACACUGCCAGCCCAUCACCCCUACACGCACCAGCACCAGCACCCAGCACAUCACCCUCAUCCUCAACCCCAUCACCAGCAGAACCACCCACAUCAUCACUCCCAUUCCCACCUUCAUGCACACCCAGCACAUCACCAGACCUCGCCACACCCACCCCUGCACUCCGGCAACCAAGCACAGCAGGUUUCACCAGCGACACAACAGAUGCAGCCAACCCAGACAAUACAGCCGCCCCAGCCCACAGGGGGGCGCCGGCGAAGGGUGGUGGAUGAGGAUCCCGACGAGAGGCGGCGGAAAUUUCUGGAACGGAACCGGGCAGCCGCCACCCGUUGCAGACAGAAGAGGAAGGUCUGGGUGAUGUCACUGGAAAAGAAAGCAGAAGAACUCACCCAGACAAACAUGCAGCUUCAGAACGAAGUGUCCAUGUUGAAAAACGAGGUGGCACAGCUGAAACAGUUGUUGUUAACGCAUAAAGACUGCCCAAUAACAGCCAUGCAGAAAGAAUCACAAGGAUAUCUAAGUCCGGAGAGCAGUCCUCCUGCAAGCCCUGUCCCAGCUUGCUCUCAGCAGCAAGUCAUCCAGCAUAACACCAUCACUACUUCCUCGGCAGUCAGCGAGGUGGUAGGAAGUUCCACCCUCAGUCAGCUCACCACCCACAGAACAGACCUGAAUCCCAUUCUCUAAAAUCCACGGGUCAGACCUUGCCUCCAAGAAGAGCUGUCGCAUAUUAUGCGUCCUUUCUUUUAAGGGCAUUUUUAGAAUUAACUCAGACCUGGAAGACUCCUCAGCCCUUCAAAGACUGGCUUUCAUUUUUAUAGUUAUUAUGGAAAUGUUGUCUUUUAUACUUAGUUAUAUAAGAAAAAAGGGAGUUAUGCAAUUGAUAUCUAUCAGCUUGGGAAAUGCUUUGGUGCUUUUCUCCAAUUUUCUGGUACCAGUUACUUGUUUAUAAACUGAACUCUUUCUGUAUAUAGUCAUGGUUUCAUUUUUAUCAGUCCAACCCUUUGCCUGAAACAUUGAAUCUUGUUAAACCGCAGCUUUUAGCCAAAAUGAGGCAUACGUAGAUGUCGAGUAAAUGGAUGCAAGGUCGCUGGGUGAGAAGUCUGAGGACAUCAUGACACAUGUUGAGUUUGCGCUGUGAUGUCACCAGAAUCCCAGAUAAAUACAGAGCCUUUUCCACAACUUUUUCCCUUACUAUAAAAAAUUAUAAGAUCCAUUGACGUCCAAAUAAAACCACCAAGCAUCUCAACACCUCUCCUCCUCCUUUGGUCCACUUCCUCGAUGCCCAAUUUUCCUCUCCAUUUCCACUUUUUCCUGGGCUCCCUGUUUACUUCAUUUUUACUUUCUUCUGUUUUAUUCUUUUCCCGCUUUAACAUUGCAUGUAAAGAAGAAAAUAAUGUUUAAAGAAAAAAAAAGCAAACCUCAAAAAUGUGGAUCUAGCCAUUGCUUCCCUUGCCCGUGACCCACAGCUGGAGUUCAUUCAACUCUUGCUUUUUAUAAAAUAGUAACCAGGAGAUGUUGAAUGUGCCUGAUUUAAUGUUUCUAAUAAUCAAGCAAAUAAAAGUUGGCUUAGCCAUCAGUGAAGCACUGGUGAAUGCCAGCUGUGGAGACACUAGGGAGGGGAACUUUGUAAGCCUCGAUUGUGAAAGUCCAAAUUAUGAUGCGGGCUAUAACAUCACACCCUCGAAUUACAACUGGAUUUAUAUGGCCUGUCUAUAAUGUUGAAAAUCCACGUACUAUAUAAUAAUUCAGAAGGGCUCUAUUCACUACACAGAUUACGUUGUUCAAUCAUCAGCUGCUAAUAGCCUAAGAUUUAUUAUUAUUUUUUUUUUCUUAAGCCUAUGGAACCAGCUUUGCUGUUCCGGUGGGUAAAAGUAGACGAACUACUGGACAAACAAGAGAGAAAGAAAACCUAAUGUUUCCAUAGGGGUGCUUUCAGCCUUCCUACAACAGUUAACGCACUCUUUGGCUGCUGAAAGAAUCCCGUGGAUAUGGCUACUCCACUCUUCUGAACAAUUCUGAUUUAUAUUUUCAACAGCUUUCGCGGACUUGCCCAUUAUGAAAAGCAGAUAGUCCCCAACCACAGUUGUGCCUCCUUGAAACAAGCCAUUCUACUGUGCUAAUGUUUUCAUAUCACAUCCCACAAAUAACAGGGGCUAAUGUUUCUCUCUAGCAGUCUAGACAGGUGCUGGUGUUUCAUCUCCAUUUGAAUGCUUGACCUCCUAACAUGAGUGUGCGAGUGUGUGUGUGUGUGUGUGUGUGUGUUUUCAUGGGAUUUAAAAGAAUAGUAUUUUACAAAAGGUGUAGCUUUUAUAAGAGUUCAGAAAAGGGAAAGAUGUGUUUUUUUUUCUCUAACUAUAGUGUAAGAAUGUAUUUUGGAGAAAAGAAAUAUGAGGGUCGCGAAGCAUGAUUUUCAUAACUAGUUUCAGUUUUAUCUAAUAACUUACUUUUUAAAUCAAUAUUUAUCAACAAUCUUUUCCUGUAUGCAGUGCUUUCAAAAGAAAGUUUUUGAGUAUCCAUUGAAACUCAUAACUUGGAUAUAUGAUCUAAAAAUCAAAACAAAAGCAAAAAAAAAGAAAAGAGAAAAAAAGAAAAAAAUGCAAAUGAAAAGGAUUUUCUAUUAUAUUUUAGACAAACAUAUCAUUUUUAAGUAUUUUAAAUACUGAAUUCAUAGUUGUUUUGUUUUGUUUUGAAUCCCAGCAGUAACAGCUGAACAGUUUAACCUAACUGGCUUCCUAAGAAUAUUUAAGAUUUAGCUAAAAAAUAAGUUAACAUUCUAACCUCUAUUUUGAAAUCAAAAAUAAUUUUUUCAAAACUCCUUUAGGACCAUCUAUGUGUCCCCCUAAAAAGGAAAAAAAAAACUCAUUGAAAUGUUUGUUUUUUUAAAAUUUUUUGUUUAAUUUUUUGCUUUAAGUAAACAAAAACUUUUCUUUCUUUACUGCAUGCAUAGCACUUAAUGAAAUGUGAUUUUUAAAAAAUCCAUUGGUAAUAUCAAUGUCCAGGGAGUGGGCUGUCACUAAAAUUAUGGUUUACUUCUGUUCCACCUCUUGAUUGAAAUAUUUAGUUGUUAAACCGAAAGCCUCUGCAGUUAAGAACUUGCCUGAGUUUUCUUAAUUCAGCAACUUGACAGUUUGACUGAUGUGCAUUAUAUAUAGCUCAAUUAUGUCUGUUUUUUAUGCUAAGUAGGCAAACCAACCACACACGUUAGCAAACGGGCCUCAACGUAUAAUUAGAAUAAACUGUCUUCUUGUUAUCCUCAGGCCCUUAGGUAUAUUCAUUAGCAGUAUGGAAAUACAGUCAAUGGAAGAUGCCAACUAGUUGUCAGAGCUUCUUGAAAUCCCGAACUGAAAGGCUCAUUGGUCAAAUGCAAUGCUUGGCUUAUCAAUAUUAAGUAUUUCACUUGAAGGCCCAGACUUCACCAGACCGUAGAAUAAUCAGUCUACCUGAAAACCCCUCCUUCUUGCCCUACUCUUUUUCCAAUCUCGGAAAAUAUCUUUCUACCCCAUUCUCCUGUCCCACUCAAUUACUGGGUCAUCCAUCUGUAUUUUCACAAAUCAGUUGUAAUGACCUUCACAGCACCCAUUCUGAGGAGAUUGGGGCCCUUAGCACUGCCUCUCCUCCUUCACGUGUGUUUUUUUUAUCAGUAGGAUCUGCCUCCGAAGUCACUGCCAGCCUACCUGGAAACUUCUACAGUGCCUCCCCUGCCUUACUUGUUAACAACUUAGAUAGGUACACCUGAUAGCAUAUCUACCAGGUGACUCCUCACCUAAAUUGAGGCAUCCACAUCUUAAUUGUUUCUCCUUAAGACAUUUCUUAGCGUCUGCCGGAACAGGUAUGGUGAAAAUCCUAGCCAUGGAUGAAUGUACUCAUUUUAAAGGCUGGUGUUAGGUCGAAUGCCUUCCCUUUACACUCUCAUUCAUCCCUCUCCUACCUCCACAUCAGUGUACGCGAGUCACAGUCUUAACACGGCCUGUGGGAGAUGAGCAGUGUGUGUGCUGUCACUGCAUGCGUUGUUAUAAUUAGGGUGACUUACUCGGAGCAGAUGCUCUUUGGAGCCUAUCCGGUCAAUGAAAUCCAAUGCAGCGCAUGUUCUGAAUAGAGGGGCGUCAAUGGUGAAUGUUCAGGUGGUUGUUGCCUGUUAGUUAAGAAUAUUCUAGUGUGUUAGUUGAGUUUGUCAUUAAAAUCUUAAACCAGCUGCAGUAAAAAACCAGCCUUUGGCUGGGGGGUUUUAAGCAUCAGUAACUGCUAUAAAACUAGCCAUCCAGUUAGGAUAGAAUGUGCUUAUUUCUGGUUAAUAAAAACCAUCUAAGAAACUAUAUAUGUAUGUAUGUGUGUAUACAGUGGAAUUCAAGGACCAAAGCAAAAUUUGAACAAGAAUCUAUUAAUUUAGAAUUUUAUAAGAUAUUUAUUAAUAAAUGUUAUUUUUAAACAUUCCAUUUGAACAGUAUUCUUCUGUAGGAUCUACUUGUUUUUAAAGUAUUAGUUCAUAAUAAACUACUCUAGUUGUGUGUAUCUUCAUUUUUCAGGGUUUCAAAUGGCUAUUCUCCAUCAUUUGGUGGAAAUGUUUGCUUAGAUCUCUGUGCAUAGAAGUUUCAAGGAUUUUUAUUGCUCUGUGAGUUAUUUUUUAAUCUAUGUUCUGAAUAGUUUUUUUAAACAUUUAUUUCUUUUUUUCAUUUUUAAAGUAAGCUCUUUCCUUUAGGAAGCAGAGUUCAGCUAAAGGGAAUCAGUAACUAUAACUGGAACAGCUUUCUUGUAAAUGUGUAAAAACAGCUUCUUCUCUGCUUCUCUCCACCCCACCCCAAUUUCCCAGAAUGCCUUGCACUAUUCAGCUUCCUCAGUGCCCUUUUUGUCCCUUCCCAAACAAUGUGCAGUAGCUUUAAGCCACUCAAGCUCCAUUAUGCAGUAUAUCUGAGAAGGAAAAGGAAACAACCCAUUUAAAUUUGAAUAAAACCGUGCCUAUGCGAACAGUAGCAAUUUAGAAUCUCCUGCUUUUAAAAUAAUUUAUAUUUUAAAAUUGCACUUUAGCUUUUUUGAUCCCUUUCCAUUACUCUUGUUCUCUUUCAGACCUCCUCCCUGUCCUCACAAUUGCCUUUGCUCUCCCCUUUCCAGCUCUCCUACCCUUCCUCUAAGGCUCUGAGCUGCAUCAUUUAAAAUACUUUACAGAAUCUUUGCACCAGGUACAUUUGCGUGCGUUCCUCAGUAGCAUAGCAAAGACGUGUUUCUCACAUCAGCCUAGAUGAAGCCUGCUACGAGAAUACCAAGGAGAAGAGCCAGUUUAUACUCAUUAUCCCUUUAUUCAUAGCAUGUUUUUUUAAAAUGUUAUAUUAUGCAACAGAUGUGAGGCAGCAGCUACGCUACUUAAGAAUUUUCUAUCUCAUCCUCCAAGCCAAAGUGUCCUGAAUGAGCCAGGAGAAUUAUUCUUUUGUGCAUCGUGGUGCACGUUGGACUAUUGUCCUAGCCAUCGUCUCUCUAAGGCUGCUGAAGUAACAGUGGCCCUAUCUAUUUCAUUCUUAGUUCUCAAAAAUACAAUGUUGCCUUGUAACAAAAUUAGGGACAGCACCUCUAUUUUACAAUUAUAAUCUAAGAAAGGACAAGAAGACACUGAAGCAAUAAACUUAUAAGUAAAAUCCAAUACCAAAACAAAGAAAAAAAAAAAACCCUAGCUUAUCAUGUGAAAAUGAAAAAGUGUAUGUCCAUUCAAAAUAUUUUACUAUUUCUUGUGGAGUUUUUCAGUGGUGUAAUGCUUAUAGCCAAAUUGCUUAAAGAGUGUUUAUAUAUUUUUUUCCUUAUAAAUCGUCUAUUUUUUAAAAAAAACUAUUUAACCACAAGUUGAAGAGAGGGGUAAGGCCAAAUUGCCAGCAUUUGUUAAAAGAUUAAUAUUCUUAAGUGGCACUCUGAUACCUUUCCAAGCUUAUCAUCAGAGGGGAAUCAAUAAUUAUCAACUGUUAUGGUUAGACCAACUUAUAAUAUCUAGCUCAUUAGAAGCCAGGAUUUAGAAAGCUCUUCUUAAGCCAUUUAAUAUUUUCUUACGUUGAGUUUUGUAUUAUAGAACUCUAUAGGAUUUUUUUUUUUUAACAGAAUCAUUUUAGCCUCAGGACUGAGAAUGUGGAACCUGAAUAAAUUAGCUUUAAAUACACCAUUAAAAUCUUAUGCACAAUAAGCUCAUUAGAUUCUAGUUUGCUCCUUUAGAAUACCAAUGCUGUAGACACUACAGGAGAUAAUGAAUGGUAUCAGCAAUGCUGAAUUGGAGGGGGAUUCAGAAAAGGACCCUUCCCAACCAGCCAGCCAGUAGAAAAGAAGACCUACUCACCCUCUUUCCUUCUACCUUCUGCUAAAUCACACUUGCCUCAUAGAGAGAGGAGUUCUGCCUUUGAGGUUUGUCUUGGAGAAAAGAUAAGCUUGAAAUGUUCUCCCUGGAGAGAACAUGGGGUUUGGGAUAUUCUGAAAAGGCCCAGAAAAAUGGCUCAGUUGAAACACAAUGUUCUAGGACAAUUGCAGUAUAAAUAUUGUCCAAAAAUAGAACUAAAACAGAAAAGUUUAGUAUUGUGCAAAGUGUUAACUAAGGAAGUCCCAAAAAAGGUGCUGUCACUUUAAGUUCUGGACUGGGGGUUGUUUGUAAUUGUAAACAGCAAAACAUUUGUGUUUGUUUGUCUAUUUGUAAAGCAACCACCUUCCUUAUUGGAAGGAGAAAAACAUUUGGGGGUACAUACAUGUAAAUACUCGCUGCAGCAUUUAAUAUGUUUAAUUUUAUGUUAAGCUUUUUGUUGCAUCGUGAACACAUUUAUUGUUACCAAUGGACAAUGAGUUCAUUAAGACUGUUCAACUAGGUCAGAUUUUUACAUCUCUUUCUAGCAAGAAGAGACAAGAUUUUGUGCAUUUGUACAAAUGUUAAUAAUAUCACUGCAAUUCCAAUAUAAUAAAGCACUCAAAUGCAAAUAAUAUACGUAACCUUUGUAUGUUGAAAUUUGGGUUUGGGGAUAACGGCAUCUAUUCUGCACAUGAUCUCAUUCAUACCUUGUAAAUCAAAACUUACUCUUUCAGGGUCAUCAUUAUCUAGGGACAAAAGGAGGUGAGAUUUUCUCCUUCCCAGACCAUCACUAUAUUCCCACUGCCUCUUCCAUCCAACUUCCCAACUGAGGC